AUGGCCGCUCGUCCUCAGAACAUCGGCAUCAAGGCCAUUGAGGUCUACUUCCCUACCCAGUGCGUCGACCAGGUCGAGCUGGAGAAGUAUGACGGUGUCAGUGCCGGCAAAUACACCAUCGGUCUGGGUCAGACCAAGAUGAGCUUCUGCGAUGACCGUGAAGACAUCUACUCCAUGGCCCUCACCACCCUCUCCUCCCUCAUGAACAAGUAUAACAUCGACCCCAAGUCGAUCGGUCGUCUCGAGGUUGGCACCGAGACCCUCCUCGACAAGUCUAAGUCCGUCAAGUCCGUCCUGAUGCAGCUGUUCGAGCCCUCUGGCAACACCAACGUCGAGGGUAUCGACACCGUCAACGCCUGCUACGGUGGCACCAACGCCGUCUUCAACAGCAUCAACUGGGUCGAGUCCUCCGCCUGGGACGGCCGCGAUGCCAUCGUCGUCUGUGGUGACAUUGCGCUGUACGCCGCUGGUGCCGCCCGUCCCACCGGUGGUGCAGGCUGUGUGGCCAUGCUGAUCGGUCCCGAUGCCCCGAUCGUCUUCGAGCCCGGUCUUCGUGGCUCCUACAUCACCCACGCCUACGACUUCUACAAGCCCGAUCUCACCAGCGAAUACCCCGUGGUGGACGGUCACUUCUCCCUCAAGUGCUACACCGAGGCCGUCGAUGCCUGCUACAAGGCCUACGGUGCCCGUGAGAAGGUCCUUAAGGCCAACCAGAACGGCACCAACGGCGCCGUGGAGGAGUCCAAGACUGACCUGGACCGCUUCGACUACAUCCUUUACCACGCCCCCACCUGCAAGUUGGUCCAGAAGUCCUACGGUCGUAUGCUCUACAACGACUUCCUGACCAACCCCACCCACCCCGCCUUCGCCGAGGUUGCCCCUGAGCUGCGUGAUCUCGACUACACCACCUCGCUGACCGACAAGGCCGUCGAGAAGACCUUCAUGGGCCUGACCAAGAAGCGCUUCGCCGAGCGUGUGCAGCCCGGUCUCCAGGUUGCCACUCUGUGCGGUAACAUGUACACCGCUACCGUCUACGCCGGUCUGGCCAGUUUGCUGAGCCACGUCUCGUUUUCGCCCAGCGAGCCCAAGCGCAUUGGUCUCUUCUCCUACGGCAGUGGUCUGGCUAGCUCCAUGUUCAGCGCCAAGAUCGUCGGCGAUGUCUCCGAGAUGGUCGAGAAGCUGGACCUCAAGAACCGUCUCGAGAGCCGCACCGUCCUGGCCCCUGCGGCCUACGAUGAAAUGUGCAAGCUCCGUGAGCAUGCGCACCUGCAGAAGAACUUUAAGCCCUCCGGCAACCCCGAGACUCUGCAGAAGGGCACCUACUACCUCACCGAGGUCGACGACAUGUUCCGCCGCAAGUACGAGGUCAAGGCCUAA